CAGGUCCUAGCUCGAAAGCCGCCGAUGAACAAUAAUGCCACGCGACGUCCACCUAUUCAGGCCCGUCGAACACCCCAAAGGUUUUUGAUGACAUGCAAGGCGACAUUCAUUCCUCCGCCUCGCGCGAUGUCCAUCCCCCUUCCUCCAAUCGCAUUCUUGCACCCUCUAUAAGGAGUCCACGCGCCUUCCUCGCCCGCAUUCCAUCGCUCUUUCGUCCCUCUCACUUUCACGCCAGCGAUGCAACUGAACUCCAACAAACCUCGAGGCAAGGGAUCUUCUCUCAUCGCGGCCCUCGUCCUGUCGAAGUCGCUGCAGUACGGGACAGAAAGUCCUUGUAUGUUGCUCCGAGGCCCAAAGAAACCCAGCAACAUAAGGGCCAAUCGCAUGGCCAGGGGUCCUCAUCGCAAUCUCGGCCUGCCGCUACUUCGACGUCUACAACACAACCUGCUCCAAACACCAGCACCCAGGGUACCACACCACGUACAGCAACCGUACGGUCACGAUUCCUCACGUUGUUGGCUCGUCUCGUACUUUUGAUUUGUUGCGCACCACUCCCGAGCACUGAUGGUCAAUAAUACUGCAGCAUAUGAAAAGCUAUUACCUUUGUAACUCUACUUCUUUCGCUA